GUUGUUGUAGCCCCAUUUUCCACCUAUGCACCCUGUCAAACGCUAGUGCUAUUAGCCUGCUGAAAAUCUGCCUGUCUUGGCAUUAUACAGUGUUGUAUUUUGUCAAGCUGCCCUGUCUUCAUAAGCGUCUCCAUAAAAGAGGUUGAUUAAGAUUGAGACACCUGCUGGAACUUGCCAGAGAGGACGCUCAGGGGGAAAUGUGAUCCAGCGGAAAUACAGAGCUCUUCAAUAAAUACACAGAGCUCUUCAAUGAGCAUCCCGUUCAGCUGCAGGUGCAGGAUGUACAGUUUUAUGGGUGGAGGGUUGUUCUGUGCAGGCGUGGGGAACAUCCUCCUGAUCGUUUCCACAGCAACCGAUUACUGGAUGCAGUAUCGGCAGUCCAGCAACUACAUGCACCAAGGCUUGUGGCGUUACUGUACACCAGGGAAAUGCUUCCCACACAAUGACAGCUUUGCCCACUUAGAUGCAACCCGUGCCUUCAUGAUCCUCUCUCUUCUGGCCUGCUUCAUUGGCAUCAUCAUUGGCAUUAUGGCCUUCAUCCAUUACUCAUCCUUCGACAGGUUUGACAAAACCUUUGCUGCAGGCAUUUUGUUUUUCAUCUCAUGCUUUUUAGUGUUUCUAGCAAUGGCUGUGUACACUGGUGUGACUAUUAACUACUAUGGGAAACGCUAUGGAAACUGGAGAUUCUCCUGGUCAUAUAUCAUUGGCUGGGUGUCAGUGGUGCUUACCUUCUUUUCAGGAAUAUUCUAUAUGUGUGCUUAUCGGAUGCACGAAUGCCCCAGAAGUGCUAACUCGCAUUAGAAGACUUGAACCAUCAUCCAGAAAAGAAAAAAAACAUGAAUUCUGGUCAUGAGAGUGGAUCAAGACUGUGGGUAGAUUCUGAUUAUCAGCAUGGAUGCAGAGUUUACCUUUGGAGCAUGUACUAUCAAAGUUUAAAUCAUUUCAAUAAAAAGAACGGGGAAAAUAUGACUCCUCAUUUCAAGUUA